GUGAUGGCCCAAAGCUCUCCUUGGGCCAUGGUCUUGCUGCAUGACCUCCAGAAGCUUCAAUUGGCUCUGGUGGAAGGACCUACCGACUCUACGCUGGCCCUCUUGUUGAUCGGACUUGUGCAGGCUGGAUCUUUUGCCAUCAUUGACGGCAUUCUCUCCGUGCUGCGAGUUGUGCGCAGCCAAAGGACUGGCCUCGUGCUCAGCUUGGAGGAGCUGAAUGAGCUUGCUGCUGCAAUGGACGAUCCCCGACAGUGCGGUCGGUGUGGGUUCGGUCCAGUGGACCAUCGAGGUUGCUCAGACUUAUCCGCGCAUCAUGGCGAAGUUUCCAUACCUGGCGGGGCAGCCGUGUCGAACCAGUGUCCACGAUGCGGCUGGUUCGUCCACAGACUGACGGAGUGGCCCUUGUGGGAUGGCGAGAUGCA